AUGAGUUACUUUCUGUCUUACUGCAAAGCUCAUGGCAGCUCUCUUCUCACCGGCUACCAGGCCCUACGUGCUGAGGGCUUUUUGUGCGAUGUGACACUGGAGACUGAGGGCAGUGAGUUCCCAGCGCACAGGUCACUUCUGGCAUGCUCCAGCGACUACUUCAAGGCCCUGUUCAAGAGUCACACUCAGGAAUCACGGGCUCAUGUAAUUCACCUGCAUGUGCCGUCGGCGGCUGGCCUGCAGCGCCUGCUGGACUUCAUCUAUACUGCCUGGCUGCCCCUCUCCAUGGACACUGUGGAGGACACUCUGGAGGCUGCCAGCUACCUGCAAGUCACGGAGGCCUUGAGGCUGUGUGGCAACUACCUGGAACGUCAGCUUGCCCCAGAAAAUUGCUGCGUCAUUGCCAAUGUGGCUGCUCGCUUUGGCCUGGCUCGCACCCUAGGUGCAGCCGAGCACUGCAUUGUGCGCCACCUGCGGGAGCUGCUACUGAUGGGCACUGGGCCCUCAGGGCUGUUGGAGCUCAACCCUGUAUCAAUUAAGGUUGUGCUGGGUGCCCCGGAUGUGGCACGGGUGCCUGAGACGCAGCUGCUGGGUCUGGCACUAGCCUGGCUGAGGCAGGAGCCUGCGACCCAGCGCCUGGCACAUAGUUCAACCCUGCUUGGAUGUAUCCGCUUUGGCUUGGUGCCUGAAGGUGUUCUGAGGCGUGUGUACUCAGGCUCAGGUCUUACUUUACCUACUAGGAUCAAGGGCCUCAUCAUCCAGGCCCUCAAUUACCACACAGCACCUUCCCGCCAGCCGCUCCUCCAGGGAGAACAGACUAGUAUCCGGAGUGCCCAGACCCGCAUCUUGCUGAUUGGUGGUCUCAGAGCUAGGGAGACUGUCACUGAGGAAAUUGUGGUCCUACCAGAGGUAGUUAGGAAUCGGCGCCCUGCACCUGAACCAGAGGAAGAGGAGGAAGAGGAAGAGGAGGAAGAGAUGGAGGAGAAAGAGUGGGAGCUCACCCAGGAUGUGGUGUCCUUCGAUGUGUACAACCACAGCUGGCGCAGCCUGACACGGCUGCCGGCACCGAUGCUAGGCCACAGUGUAUGUACCACGGGCAACUUCCUAUUUGUCCUUGGAGGGGAGAGCCUUUCUGGCAGCCCAUCUAGCUCCCUGGCAGACGGCCCAAGGUCGGUCACGGCCUUAGUGCACCGGUAUGACCCUCGCUUCCACACUUGGACCGAAGUGCCUGCCAUGCGAGAAGCGCGGGCCUACUUCUGGUGUGGAGUGGUAGGUGACAGUCUCCUGGCCGUUGGGGGUCUGGGCUCCUGUGGCGAGGCACUGGCCUCAGUGGAGAUGUACGACCUGCGAAGGGACCGCUGGAUGGCAGCUGGGGAGCUGCCCCGGGCACUGCAUGGUCACGCGGGUGCCGUUGGGGACCACGGUGUCGUGUACAUCUCCGGGGGCAAGGCUGGGAGAGGUGAAGGAGGCACAAGUAGCCUCCGGGAUAUGUACUCCCUUAGCCCCGGAGAAAGGGCAUGGAGUAAAAGGGCACCCAUGGGCACCGCUCGCUACGGGCAUUACCUUUCGGUGCUGCGAGGUGCAGUGUUUGCCUUUUUGGGAAGAUAUGAGCCCUUCUCUGAGAUCGAACGCUAUGACCCCAGCACAGACCAGUGGACUCGGUUGCGGUCACUACCCUACGACCGCUUCUGCUAUGGGCUUGCAGUGGUAGAAGAGACGGUCCUGCUGCUGGGCGGUCUCAAGUGGAGGGAUUCACGCCAGGUGCCAACCCGUAACGUAGUGGGCUAUGACCUUGACCUGGACCGUUGGGAAGACAUAGGCUGUACGCUGCCCUGGGCGUGGAGUGGCCUUCGGUGUGCAGUGCUGCAGCUGGAGGAAGGUGGGGAGGAGACAAGGGAGGGAGAGCCUGGAGAGGCACUAGAUUUAGUACUGGGUUGAACAGGUGAGUCCCAUCUUCAGCAGAUCCAAGAGACAGUUGUACUUGCCCUUGCCUGCAGAGCAAAGCUUUCCCUCUAAGAGUUGGGACUCUGAUAGGGCAGUUCUGAGGGGAAAGGAGGCAAACAACACUUUGGCCAAAGAAUAACUAUUCCCCUUCAACUGCAACUGGCAGCCAGGAACGGUCAAAUGCAGUAUGAAUCAGCUUUAGUUAAACAGAGUUUUCAGAAGGACAGACUCAUCCUGGGCUAGAGGUGGACUUUUGGAAAUAAAAUAGGACCUUAUUUCCCUCCCUAAAGUGUUUCCCAGGUGACUGUGAUUAUUUUCAUGUCUCCCCUUUAAAAAAUGUACAAUUACACACAAACUACAGAAAGUUGGCUGUAACAGCUGGAACAGUCCCCCAAGGCAGUGUUACCUGACGAAAUUGUGAAUGCGUGUGUGCAUGCGCCUUGAUAAACAGCAUGGAAUGGUUGUAGGGAGGGGAAUGAUUUUUAUGGUGCGGGGCCCCAGUACAGUUCUGUUCUAACAGUUUCAUAUCGAUAGGGAAUUGAAAAGGAAAAAAAUCUUGGAAAAGCAUUUCUUUGAGAAACUACUCUUGGUUAUUUUUUUUUCUGUCCCUUCCUUUCCCCGUCUGCUUUUAUACUGGCUGGAGGCAGCUUAUUAGUUUAGACAUAUUUCAGCAACCCUUAACCACAAAAUGCUACAUUUGUAAGACAAAAAUGAGCUUAUUUUUGGUGGAUCCCUGAUGGGCUCACAGAGAAGGAAUGAGUAGGUGAAGUUUACAUGGUUAUAUCAGGUCAGUGGGAAGACAGCUUGGGUUUUCAAAGUCUCACAGGAGACCGCGGUAAGCCCUGCACAGGUGUUACUUGUGGCUUUCCUUAGCUAUCAGUGAGGUGGCAAAGUAAGAACUUGUAGCUGGGUGGUGGGAGUGAGGGUGGCUGUAUGAUUAUGUCACAGAGAAGCGUGGUAAGCCCUCUGCAUGAAUAAAGUAGGUGCUUUACAAGGAUUCAAUAAGAACUGCAUUUAUUUGACUUCAGUUUGCAGUGCUGCCUCUCCCCUAGAUUUGAAACUAACGCAAUAAAAAUGUACAGAUAUAUAGUGUUCAAAGGUCUCCUUCAUGCUAGGCUAGUCACGAGUCUUGUAAAAAUCAUUAGUUUAAUUUUUACCAGUAAAAUAACAGCUAACUUCACAAAAGUGGAAGCUGCUGCCUAGCAACAGAGCUAGUUUUCCCACCAACUGAUUGUUGUUUGCAGGCUGUUUGUCCACUGUAUAUGUGACACAUCCAUCAUGUACAGAUACUUUUAAGAGAAGAUACAGGCUGGUCUAGUAAACAUCAAUAUGCCUAAAUAACUAUACCAAGCAUACUUCACUUUAGGACAAGAGGGGUUUUUUGUUUGUUUUUUCUCUCUCUCAUUUACAUACACAAAAUCCCACAAAUUUAAUGUGUGCCAAUAACCAUGCAGUAAAUAAAUGUUUUUACAAAUAGGGUUUUUUUUAAAUGAUAAAAAUAUUACACUGGACCCAAAAAUUCCAAACAAACGUGUUAAUGUGUGGUUUCUCAUCCAUUUUGACUAAAUAUAGGAUUACUGAAAAUGUGCUGUAAAGGCCACUCUCCUAUACAGUUGUGCAAAGUCUGCAAAACGAUAGUGAUUUAAUGUGAUUUCAAAAGCAAAGCAAAAGAUCCCGCUGUGUAGUUUUACUUUCUCCUCUACAGCAAAAAUAUUCACUGGUAUAUAUCUGAACUCUUAGAGAUAUAAGUACAUUCACUGAGCUGUACAGGCAACAGGAUAAAGCUGAUCAGAAGUAGAUUUUAGGAUAUAGAAUAGUAAAGGAGGCUCUUUUCCUCCUGGAAAAACAGCAAAUCGUGACAUUAUGCAGCCACACACUAAAAAGCAGCAAGUCACUUGCAUGCUGUGGUCACUUUCCAAAACUAGACACAUAGAAAUGGCAAUAUAUGAAGAGGACUUUUUUUCAUAGACUCCAUUCACUCUAUCAGCAGUUCAGGAUUCUAGGAAAAACCUAAGUUUUUGAUCUCAGGUCACUCAACGUAAUGACUCAUUGAAUGACUGCCACCCACUGUUCCUUAGCAGAGAAGUCCAUUAACAUUUUCAAUGUUGUUUUCUCUAAUAUAACUUCUAUCUGCCAAGACUAAAUGCAUUUUACUUCCCUACCUGAUAUAUAAUUACAGAAGUUUAGUUAACAGAUCAAGGGAAAAUUGGAAACUGCCUGGAAAAUUGACUCAUUUCAGUGUAUACCUUGUCUUUUAAGAGUUAAGAGUUCAAAAACCACGAGUUUGGGCUGGAAUUAUGUAUAUAUAUAUAGAUGUAUGUAUGUAUAGCUGUUAGCUGCCUUUCUGGGUGAGUUAAGUCUGUUUUAAAAAAUCCAUUCUUAAAUUCUUCUGUACACAAUCAGCAUUUCGUCACUACAAAAAUAAAGGAAGAUUUAAACCAAGAAAAUAAAGCAGCUCUAUCUUCAAUUUUGAUCUUAGUUACAAAAACAUCUUACAAAGCUUUGCCCUGAUACACCAUGCAGUGUUCUCAUAGAUUUGGAAUAGUACCUCCAUUAACUAGUUAGCACAAGUUAAUAGACUAUUAAGACGGAUAUGAGCUACCUGAACUUUUCUUAUGGUGAUGCUCUUCUAGUUUGCUUAACUCUUUUAUACGCACCUACAUUUCAAAAAAUAAAACUACAGCAUUAAACUUUGUGCAAUGUUUAAGAAAAUUCUUAGAACAUUUUAAUAAAUAUAAAAAGGUUUAAAUUCUUUCCCACCCACAAGGAUGUCUGCACCUGAAAAAAUUGUGAUUUACGUCUGAAGUCUCAUUUAUAGAAAAUUAACUUAAAGGGAGAAAAGAUGACUUCAGAUAGAAAACUGCCUUUUUGUGGUUUUUCUACUUGAAGAUCACCUGUAUUCAGAAUUGUUUGCAAAAGUUAAUUUGUCAUUAAAGAUUGUUGGCUUUGCACAUGGUAAACAUAAGCUGAGCACUGACUGCAUAUAAAACAUACAAAUGCUCUUUAAAGACAGUGGUAAUGUGACCAUGUAUGCUUUGUUUCAUAUAGUUUGGUAACAUUAAAGUAAUAGCUUGUCAAGUGUCCAACACAUUGAUAAAAAACUACCUCAUAUACUUGUUCAGGGUACCAGCAGGUACUAGAUGGCCUUGAGUCAGAAUGCACUUACACAUGGGUUUCAAUGUAUGAAUGAGUAUGUGUUAGAGAGGAAGUGAUAACAUCUACUUCAGAAGAAAUACUUAGUGGGUCAUUUGAGGUGGUGUUUUGACAGAUAUCCAAGAAAAGGUCGAGGUACAUCU